AUGAGUUUAAAAGUACAUCCCACAGGCGUCUCUUCGGUAACAUCGAAGGAACUCCGGGAAAUACAGAAACUGCAUGAACUUGGCAAAAAGUAUUGGCCUGCAGCUGAUAAAAGGCGUUACGAGAAAGAGGAGAGUCGUCCGGAGCCCCGUCGCAGUAGAUACCUGUUUCGUCAUCCCUACUCCAGGCUCAUCACGGCUUACUUGGUAGUGUUCUGUAACUUCCUUAUCUUCGCCGAGGACCCAGUCUCUCACAGUUAUCGUGAAUGCAUUAUCGACGUCAUAGGAGAUAUCUAUACUUUUAUAUUUAUAAGAUGGCCAAGAGGCUCCUUUUCGCUCAUUAAGUUCAGCUGCUGGAUGUUUGCUAUCCUCCUUGGAAUGUGCGUCGGUAAAUGGAUUAUUCAUGGCUGGUUCUUCUGUAAAAAGCUCAAGCUUAAGAUGUUCACAGAAGACGGACAAGGCUCAUGGAUGGUCAUGUUCCUCACCGCGCUGUUCUCGCUGUUCUGCUUUAGUUUUGCAUACAACGGUUUUCUUAUGCUUGAAGGUAAAUACAUGGACAAAAUGCAUGCUAGUAAUCGCAUGGGUAUGGAGAACCAGACAUUUAUGAAGGUGGCUGCUAUUUGCACAUGGCUUGGGGAUUUCAUUACCGCUUGGAUGGUCACAGAUAUGAUGCUACAGGGAGCGCAGUAUGCGCACUGGGCCCCAGCUCUCCGCCGAUUUUGGAAGCAGGGCUUGAACCGGGUGUACGCGUUUUGGUUUGUGUUCGUUUCCAUGACAAUAGUGGUCAGCACAGCAAUUUCUACAGACUAUGUGAAUUGGGACAAAGUGAAUAGAGACUUUGUUGCGUCCAAUGAGCUGGCACGGGCAUUUCUGGCUUCGUUCAUUCUUGUUAUGGACUUAAUGAUAGUUAUGCAGGAUUGGGAUUUUCCCCACUUUGCUGGUUCGCUGGACAUCAAACUACCGGGAGUCAAUUCAGACGCUUUCGAUGUUCGCAUUCCUGGCUGUUGUGGAGGUAAACCGCUGGACAUUUACAUCACGGGCAAAUGGUUCAACUACGGGAUAAUCUUCAUUGUCAUGAUCUUAGAUCUGAACAUGUGGAAAAAUCAGAUCUUCUACGAACCGUUCGCUUACGGCCAAUACACAGACUCAGAGGGUUAUAUCUACAGCGUAUCUGAUAGACAAUUCCUGAGAUGGGGAAACAGAACUCUUAUGACUUACGAAUGGCGCUGGAACCACAUCAAUCCGAAAACUAACGGGACUUACGGACUCGAGGACCUACGUAUGAAUGCUAAGUACAAAGGGUAUUCUUUAACGCUGAAGAGUAUCGCUUUCGUGCCGUCAAUUCUCGCCUUCUGUGUCUUUGGUUAUUUGUUGUGGCUCUUCGGAUUAGAAGAAAACCCGGAUGAAGUCUUAGUGCGCAGGUAUCGACGUGAUGUUCGACAUCACAGGCAAAUGAAGCGAUUGAGAAAGAAGAAGAGAAUGGAAGAGAGAAAAAACAAGGCGAUGGAGGAGGGGGAGGAAAGGGUAAGUGGACUGCUUUGCUCUUGGACGACUUGUGUAUUCUCUAAGUUGAAACCAGCAUGCAACGGGGUGUCAUGAGGCUGAAUUGUAUCAACGGGUAGAUAGAAGACAAGACUAGUUUUAAAAGGAUCACUGAAAGACGAGUUUGUAGCCGAGCAUUCAUACCUGUCUUGACGUGCAGUUCCGUCCUCCGCUCUGAUUGACAUCUGAGAUGCGUGGGAUUGGCUGUCACUUAAUCGUCGCGAAAACUAAAAUAAAAACCGAGUAACAACGCCUCACAACUUGUACACAGCAGUUAGGUCUUUCAGGUCGAAUGACAGACGUCUUUCAAGCGAGGUAAAUAUUUGGAGCGCGACGAGGCUGGAGUCUGUUGUUUUGGCUCUUUGAGUUUAUUCUGUGUCCACUCAUUUUUUACAUAAGUACUUCAUAUCUUUCUUUCUCCAGCCACGUCCGUUUAUAAUUAAUGAUGGACGAAGCAUUGCAAGCUUGCCUGUUUCCGCUGAUGGGCAGCGAGGUAGAAAGGAGGAAAUUAUAGACAUGAAUCUUGUUUAUGGCGAAACAGCGGAUGAGAAUGAAGAAGCUGUGGAUUCGGGCCAAGGAGAGCAGAAGAAACCGGAAGUGAAAAGGAACUUUGUUUAUUACUUCCGGCACCCUUACUUCCGCAUUACUACGUCGUACUUGGUCGUGUUUUGCAACUUCUUGAUCUUUGCUGAGGACCCAGUCUCCCACAGCUACACGGAUUGUGUUAUUGACAUCAUUGGCAAUAUGUAUGCGUUCGUAUUUUCAAGGUAGGUUG